AUGCUAGGACAGACAAAUAAGUACACUGUGAAAGGUUUGAUGGAUCUGCUGGAAAACAGUGCGAACAGAAUGUCUGUUGAGGAGAAACUUUCUCUUAGAGCUGCUAUCUUGACUCAUGGGAUUAUAAUCUCAAAGAAUCCAACGGUAAAGAUAUCGCGAGAGAGUCUGCAAUUGUUUUUGAAUUUCGAUACUUACUCUUUGCAUCCUUGGGGGAAGAUAGGAUAUGAGGUCCUAUCUGCUAGUAUACGCAGGAUGCAAGCAAAAACAUUUGCAAAAGGUCAGUAUGAAGUACAAGGAUUCGUAUGGGCAAUCACGUUGUGGGCUUUGUCGGCUGUGCCAGCGCUAGGUGCUUUAUUUGGGAGUCGAUCUGAUUCAAGUUCGUCUGCAGGCCCGUUGUGUUUACAGUGGAAAGCCACUCGGACUCCUUCUAUUUCAGAAGUUUUUCGUGUAGAGCAGAAAAACAAUAUACUCAACAUGCUUGUGAUCUUGACCAAGAAAGUGAAGAUCAUCCAGCAAGUCUUAGGGAUUCCAGAAGAAAAUGAAGCAGAUGGCAAGCGAUCAGAGGAAAAUGAAAAUGUUUCUGAAGAUGGCGUGCAGAAAGAUACAGAGUCAGAGAAUUCUCGGCGUGAAGCAAAUUCAGAUGACAGUUAUGCUGCCGAUGAUGAUAGUACACAAAAACAAGGUGUUGUUGAUGAAACAUCUGAUUUUGUUGGUGGUGUUAAUGCUAAAAAUGCUAGUUCUGUUGGUAUUGGCGAUGAAGAAACAUAAGUUUUGGUUCAAGAAACACAAGAUCUUGGCGACGAGCAAACUACAACCAUUGUUGAAGAUACAGAAGUUCAUUUCAAAGUACCCAAAAACUUGGCGACGAUGAAGCUUCAAAUGGCUGUAAUAAUGAUAUAUCUUGUACGGCAACUGCAGAUUGUGGUGAGAAAAAAACCCCCGAGGUUUCAUCGCCUAUUACACCAAGAUUCAAUCUUUUUUCCCAAGACAGUUUACAAAACAGCAUAAAUAAUGACAAUGGAGGUGAUACUAGCAGACACAGAGCUGACGACAAAGACAAUGAGGAGGGUAUUGAAGUAAAUGUAACAAAUUCUCAAAGAGGAUUAUCCGAUUUACAAAGUGUGAAGAAAAAUAAGAAACGAGCUGCAGAAGGAUACACAGAGGAAGUUGAACCAAUAUCUAAAAAGAAGAAACAUAAAGCAUCUAGGAAACGUCAAGCAGAUGGAGUGCCAGCAAGAAGAAGCCAGAGAGGACAGGUGCCUUCGAUUCUUACACAACCACCUUACACGGGAACAAGGAAAAGAUAUCCAUUAAUUCAUCCUUUUGAGCCGGUUGAUAAGAUGCGAAUGGAGAAAAUAAAGGAAUGGAAAUAGUCAAAUUUAUCUUAAGUGGAUUACCAUGCUGGAGACAGCAGGAAAUGCUUUUACGAAAGCGCAUAUGGAAGCAGCUUUGGAGUUAUUGAGGAUGCGAAAGAAACAAAAUCCUCAUUUGUUUUUGAACAAAAGUGCUUUGAUGGUUGGUGAAUCGUUCUUGAAAGCAAUAGACGAGAUUUAUGAUAUUUUUGCAGAUGACAAGGACGGGUUUCAAUUCGGGACUGAAUUCACCAGUCAUGGCAUAGAGAAAAACAUCCGCAUUAUCUAUGCGCCGUUGAGGAUCAAGUAUAAAUGCUGGAUUGCAUUGAUCUUUCAUCUUGAGAAGAGAAAGAUAAUCGUACCAAACUGUGCAGCAUCGAAGAUUUCGGAAGAACAGGUCAAUACAUACAUUGGCGCGUAUGCACACACAAUUCUUUACAUCAUUCGCCAAAUUACCAAGGAUGACACGAUGGUUACCUCUCCAUUCAGUAUUCAAAUAGAGUCAAAAGAAGUACCACAGGUUGCUAAAAUAGCAGAUACAGGCAUUUUUGUAUUGAAAUUAAUAGAGUGCCACUCGAUGCGCAUCAAGGACUUGACGAAGCUUUCGGAAGAAAACAUCGGGGAUAUAAGAUUGAAGCUUGCUGCUGAUCUCUUCUCAGAGUUAUUAGCACCGUAAUUUGACAAGAAAACGAGAGGACAGGAGAUGGAGCAAGGAUGCACAGAGAAGCGGAAAAAGAGACAUUCCCUUUCUUAUUUGAAAUCAUUAGUUUGAUUUUUUUCUUAUUAUGCUAGACUGCAGUAUCAAAAUUUAUGGUUAAAAGAGUCCAGUGGUCAUUGCUUCAGUGUGUUUGGAACAUUUUGCCACUCAGACGACACAGAAAAUAUUAUUGUUUAGUUAUCCAUUUUAUAAAGGUUUUUAAAUAUCCUUUUCA